AUGGCGAGCAUGUUGGGGCUCCCCCACAGCAGUUCCCUGCACAGAUGCAUGCUGGUCCUGACCUUCCUGCUCUUGCUGUGUGAGAUCGUUGUCAGCCGCCUCUGUAACUCCCUCAUCACCAUGGUUGACGUCUUCCACACCCUCUUCAUCCUCAUGCACAUGGCUCUUCCUCAACCCACCCUUGGCAGGGGCCUCCCAAAACCCCCAUCUGCCUCCCCUCUCUCCACCCCCAUCACCUCCACCCCUACUCAGUCACCUGUCAAAUCUCCCCCAUAUGCCCCAGCCACCUCCUGUGUCUCCCCCAGCCCCUCCAUCUCAACUCCCUGUCCCUCUCCUCCCCUCUCAACCCCUGUCCCCACCACCACUUCCCCGUUUCCCUCCAAACCUCUCACCCCUACAGCCACUCAUUGUUUCUCCCCUGACCACACUGAUACCAACCACCACACCUUCUAUCCCCAUUCCACCCUGUCUGUUCCAGCCAACCCUUUCCCCCAACCCCUCACCCCUCUGGCCUCCCUGUGUGGCCUGUCCUACAGUGGGGCAAGGGUCCAGCCCCUGGGGGCUCUGAUCUCAGCUCUCCUGCUGGCUGCCCUGUGUGUCUCUGUCUCUCUGGAGAUCCUCAGCCACACCCUGCAGCCCCACCCUAUACAGCACCCUAUUUUAGCCACAGUGAUGGGGGCUGUCAGUCUGCUCUACAACCUCCUGGUGCUGGGGCUCAGCUGGGGCAACUUGCUGGAGACCAAGACUAGAGCUGCCUGGGAGGGGGAGGGGAGCUCUGUCCUUGGUGUGAAUGGAAAAGGUACAGUGUGGGAGGGGAUUGUGUACAAGUUCUGCAUUAUUAUAGUAGGUUCACUAGAAUAUAAACAAUGAACAUCUGUUGUUUGUUUUUCAUUCCUUCUCUCAAACACACCACAGUCAAGGCCAAGGUCCAGGCCAAAGACAGCACUGCAGUGGGGGGAGAGAAUGACAUCAGUAACCUCCCUACAUCUCUAGAUGGUGCCUUCCAAGAUGGAACACUUGUAUUCUGUAACCCUGGGACCUCCAGUGUCCUGAACCCUGACAGUGACUCUCAGCACCCAACCCAGACAUCACCACUCCAUACCAUGGCCCCUCAGGGUCCCCUUUCAGACCACUGCCAUGGAGCACACACACUCCCUGCAGACUCGCACACACUCCCUGCAGACUCGCACACACCACCUGCAGACUGCAGAACUUCAGAGACACCAAACAGCUUCCCACAUCCAGAGGCCAGUGACUGUCAUCCUAAGGACCCCCACUCUGAAGUGUCUAACUAUAGUGCCUGCAUGGGACACAGAGGUGAGAAAUUGUAUCUUCCUGUCUUUGGCCUUGGCAGUACAUUUUGGUAUUUGGUAAAUUAGUCAUUUCUAUGCUUGGGGACCAUGUUGCAUUUUGUGGUAUUAUCUGUCCUAGUCUGGAAUUUAACAACGAAUCAAAAGGAGGACUAGGGAGUCGAGACAUGGUCAAAGACUAUGCGUUUUGUCCAGUUCUUUUUUGGGGUGGGCUACACCCCCUCCCCUGAUUGGAGUAAACUAACAGACAACAAUACUUGUACUGCUACUUACAGCUAUUUUCACUCAUGUAUGGUACAUGUAGUUAAAUCAUUAUGCAUACCUGUAUAUCCCUAAUUUCCUCUUUCUGCAAAUGCUUGAUUUUCAUUCACAGUGGCCAGUCCACCAUUAAUUCUGAUUUUAACUCCAACUCACCAAUGUCCACAGAUUAACCCAUCUUUCCCAGUAUAAUACCAUUUUGCUAUUUCCUUUUGCAAUACAUCUCUCCAUUUUACUGUGAUGUCUUACGAGGGUCUUGAACCUCCUCAUUUUUAACACUUCUACCAAUAUUUCCCUAUAAAAUAAAUACUUUACCCAAGACUAUAAUGAUAUUUCCCACUGACUGAUCAUGGUUUUUCAGAUCCCUCAACAAUAUUUUGCAGGUCCAUCUGAACCCUGAUAUUAUGACAUAACCAUUCCUGCACCUGACUCCAGAAGCGAUCCACCGAUGGACAGUACUAGAAAAUAAGCUCCAUUGAUUCUGUUUCCUUGUGGCUGCACCGGUUCAAUGCCCUAUAUAUUGAGCAUUCUUUUCAUAUAAUAACUUAUAUUGAAACGAACGGAUUGAUGUGUCAAUUGUUGUUUUAUAUAUCCGUUCCCCGAUGCCAAGGUUUUGGGACAUCAAAGACCUGUUCCGAACUUGCUGUCAAACCUUUUGACUUUAAAGACAUGCUCUAGAACUUUGGCAACUACUAAGUAUUUUUUUGUAGUUGGCUGGAACUGUCAAUGUGUAGUUCAUAAAUGCAUAAUCUAUGAGCAGAAUUACUUUCUUGCCUCAAUUAGGCACAAAAUCCCUAGCUUGAAAGCAACGUUUUUUCUGGAAGCUGUGCUGCGCAAUUUUCCCCCACCUGGGACAGCCCCCCAGCAAUUAGAGUUCUACCAAUGCGCUUCAGCCCAUUGCCAUAUGAGUGACAGCUAGCAAGAUGCACAUGAUGCACACACACACUGCAGCACGACAGAGUAAUGACGUGGUGCACAUAUCUGCACAUUUUCGGGGACCACUUUUGGCUCGUGAACACUACUUUCAGAACUGCUGGGUAAAAAGUAUACAAAAGUACCGGAGAAUCUCUUUAAGUGAAACUGAGGUGUUGUUCAAUGUUUAUACUAAUCAUGUUAAGCUAUUUCAUGGGUGGCAGACAGACUAAUUAUUUAAUUAUUUAAGUUGUGUCCAGUUCUUCCUGCCUUACCCCCUUUUUAUCCUGUCUCCUCCUCAGAUAAUCAGACAGACCCCACCACAGCCUCAGACCUAAAGUCAGAAAGUCCCACAAGGCUCAGGGUCCAACUUCCCGCCUGUUUCCCAUCCUUCAUCGCCCUCACCCAGGCACUGCUGGGCUCCAUUCUGGCACUCACCAACGGGCUUAUCCUGCUACUCCUGGGUCCAGACUGCAUGCAUGGCUCUGGGGCCUGUGGCCCCUUCGUCUACCUGGACCCUGGCUUCUCCAUGGUGGCUGUGGUGGUGCUGCUGGCCACCGCUCUGCCCCAGGUGUGCCGCUACGGUCGGCUGCUGCUCCAGGCCAGCCCACCCCAGGUGUGUGUGUCUGAUCUGGGCCGGCGGAUCGUCAGUGUGCCAGGGGUGCAGGCGGUGCAUGACCUCCACGUGUGGCAGCUGACAGAGAGCUGCCUGGUGGCGUCUGUACAUGUCCACUGCCACGCUGGGUUCCAGAUACACAGGUUUGUAUAUAGUACAAUACAAUGCAUGUUGAUGUUGGGGAGAUGGUGUUGGAAGGACAGUAAUACAGUUACCUCAAUAUGCAUCUAUUCCUACAGGUGUGGUGAUCUGAUGUCGGGGGUCACCAAGGUGCUGCAGAGUGUAGGUGUGAGCUGCUGCACCGUACAACCAGAGUUCCUCCUCUCCACUCCCACUGCCAACGGCAACCUGGAUAACAACAACACCACCCCCACUAUCAUCCAUAGGGCGAUACCCCCACCUCCCUCACACCUGGCCUGCAGCCUGGCCUGUGGGAAGGGCUGUGCUGGGAAGAUGUGCUGUGCUCCUCUGGAGGAAGGGUCUGCAGAGCCACUGGCACCCCCUGCUGGGGAAAUUGAGGAGGAGCCUCACGUGCUGAUCAUAGAGAACAGCUUUCUUUGA